AUGCAGAGGAGGUUGACGCCGCGGAUCCCGUUGCUCAUCCCGCGGAUGGAGAGGACGGUAGCCCAUGCAUUCGAGAAGCAUUUCCCCAACCACGAUGAAUGGGUCGAGGUCCAGCCCUCGAAGAUUCUUGGCCCCGUCUUGGCUAAAGUUGCGGCCGAGGCCCUCGUAGGUCCCGAGUUCAGUCAUGAUCCUACCUGGGUGGACAUCUCGACUCACCAUACAGAAGCAGUCUUUGCUACCGCAACGCUGCGCAUACUCCCGACUUGGAUGCAAUGGGCUGUGGCGCCACUACUCCCGACGUUGCGCGCCGUGAACCGUCACCUGGCCCAGGCAAAGUGCGACGCGAGCUGCAUAUACAUGGCCGCCGUUGCCGAUGGCUCUGGCUGGGCACCCGACGCCUACGGCCGGCUGCGCAAGAUGGACAGCGUGAUGCGCGAGUCGCAGCGGCUCUCGCCUCCCAGCAACAUCGGCAUGAAGCGCGUCUUCGUGCGCGCGCACACCUUCGCCGCCGAACGUCAUGGCCCACGAGUUCAUGUUCACAUCCCCUGA